UUCCGUUGCUUUCUUUUUCUAAGUAGCAGGGGCAGGAGUGGCGCCUCCCGGCGCCUUUUCCGUACGUCUGCGUACUGCGCCGCUGCGCAGCCUGGGAGGCGGGUUUUAGCUCCAGGUUUUACGGCGGACGUGUUUCUGAUCUGGGAGGUCCAUGGGAAAGACUUCGAUGCAGGUGUUGGAGACGGCGGAGUGACGGCGAGAAAGCACCCCUUCCCCGGUCCGCCCCGGGCGUGGCUCUGCGGGUGGCCGGGAGCGGCUGGAUCUCUGUCCGCGGGUGGGGUCUGUCCUGGCAGGGGACCGAGCGCCCCCUCCUGGGUGCUCCGCCCGCAGAGACCGCUGCCGGGGACUGAUUGGUUGGACUCCCCGGCCCGGUGGAGCGCAGUCCUGUGGGGGAGGGAUUCUGGUGCGGUACUGCAGCAUCUCCUAGAUCGCUGCGCCCUACUCCAUCCUCCAUGUCCCUUGCCCUGGGUCCUGGAACUAUUGCAGACACCACGGCGGUGCCUCUGUCUGAAGAAGGGGAAGUGACUUCCGGCCUCCAGGCGCUGGCGGUGGAGGACACCGGAGGUCCCUCUGUCUCGGCCAGGAAGGCCGAGGACGAGGGGGAAGGAGGCCCGGAGGAGGCCGGGCGUGAGGGAUCCAGGGCCGAGGAGGGACACGGAGACGCACCCAGCGCUGGGAGGGACGAGCGUGCGGAGGGAGAAGCCGAAUACUGGUGCGUGCCCUGCAGCGAUGAGGAGGUGGAGCUACCUGCGAAUGGGCAGCCCUGGAUGCCUCCGCCCUCCGAAAUCCAGCGGCUCUAUGAACUGCUGGCUGCUCAAGGUACCCUGGAGCUGCAAACAGAGAUCCUGCCCCGCCGGCCGCCUACGCCCGAGGCCCAGAGUGAAGAGGAGAGAUCAGAUGAGGAGCCGGAGGCCAAAGAAGAGGAGGAGGAAAAGCCACACAUGCCUACAGAAUUUGACUUUGAUGAUGAGCCAAUGACACCAAAGGAUUCCCUGAUUGACAGGAGACGGACACCAGGAAGCUCAGCCCGGAGCCAGAAACGUGAAGCCCGCCUGGAUAAGGUCCUCUCAGACAUGAAGCGACAUAAGAAGCUGGAGGAGCAGAUCCUUCGGACUGGGAGGGACCUCUUCAGUCUAGACUCUGAGGGCCCCAGCCCUGCCAGCCCCCCACUCCGGUCAGCAGGGAAUAGUCUCUUUCCCCGGCAGCGGAAGUACUGACUGUCGCUGCUCCUGCCUCCAGUAUAGACUAAUCUACCUGGGAGGGCCUGGCUGGCCUUUCCCAAAAAGGACUUAAAGGAGGCUUGGAGAGAGAGAGAGAGAGAGAGAGAGAGAGAGAGAGAACAGAGGAGACAGAGAUUGUUAUGUGUUUUCUGCUGACUGUUUGCAGCUCUGUGCUGGAUUUUCUGAGUCUAUAAUAAAAGAUGCAGAGUAUCUUUCCCUUAGGAGAGACUGCAGCCAGAACCUAAACAGUUGUCCACACUUGUGCAGAGAAAUAGAAUUGGUUUUGGUUUGUUUUUUGUUUUUUUGUUUUUUUGUUUUGCAGCUUAGUUAUAUUUAUAUUCUUGGAAAUAUUGUUAUAUUGCUUUUCUUAAAGUAUUCUUAUAAGAGAAGACUGUGAUUUUUAUCAAUUGAAUCUGAAACUGUAAUUGAGAUUUAAGAGGAUGGAAAUAAAUGGAAAGCCUGAGUGUGUGUAUUUUACCUUUA